AACACUUUUGGGAGAGGCAAAAAACAGAAGACAAAUCCUGUCAUCAAGUGUGAGCAUCUUGGCUCUGGAAACAGGAUAUGGGUACAGGACAAUGACUCCUAAACAUUGCACUAAACAUUUACUGCAGAGAAGUUUCUUGGGUUCUAUUGAUAAGAGGAAGAAGAAUGGCUCUAUUCACUCUCUUACUCUGAGAUUCUGAUUCCGGGAGCAGAAGAUCUUGCAUGAACUUCAAAGGAAAUAAAGCUUAUAGACUGAUGGACACUUUGUGCUUGUGUGGGAAGAAUUAGAACAAAUAAUUUUUUCUUUGUGUGAAGUUGGGUUGGCAGGUCACGGGAUAGUCAGUGAUGUUCAGAAGAAGGAUGGAGGAAGUUGGUGGACAUGGAGAUUCAGAGAUAAAGUGAAACAUGUUUAGAUUUAUGGAAAAUGCAUAUUCAGGAUGUUAAAGGUGAAACAGAUAUGUGGGAUCAUUUCACAGUCAUUAAUAGAGCUCCUGUCAUCUACCAGGUGCUGUUCUAAGCAGUGGAGAUAUAACAGUUUGAAAAAAAAAAAAAAAAGCUCCUACUGUCAUAGAGUUUGUUUGCUAUACAUUCACUUCUCAUUCUUGGAAAAAAUUGACAAGUAUUAGUAAGACUUGGCAAAAAUACUUUCCAAUGAGAAGAAGAUUUUAUUCUGAUGCAAGUAACCAAGGCUUGUGGGGAGUUUCUUAGAACUUCCAUCCUGGAUACAUUUUGAAUUAGGAGCUAACCAACCAGUCUAAGUCCAUAGCAGAUGGGUGGAAGGGAGGGUGUUCUGCACAAAGUCAUAAGGUUUAUUUUUCAGUAGUCUGGUAGUUGGUGAAAUGUUCAACACCUACUGUAUAUGCUAGAGGCUGGGGAUAUAGAAGUGAAUAAGGCGCAAUCCCUUUACUUCAAGUCCCUUCAUUUCAAAAUGUUGUGGGCAUUUGUGGGAAGGAAUAGAUAUUGGAGAGCAAAAGGGUGACUCUAUACUCUUGUUAGGUGGUUUUUGUAGCAGUAACAGAUGAGAGAAGAUGGUGUCACUUUGAUGACUAAGGUGUGACUGACCCAAGCCAUGCUCUCUCCAAUAGCCUCGUAUACAUGAAAAAGUUGCGUAACUGAAAAAGAACAUAGAAGAAGAAUUGAUGCAUUUUGACUGUGGUGUUGGCAAAGAAUAUUAAGUAUAGUGUGGACUGCCAAAUGAAUGAACAAGUCAGUCUUAGAAGAAAUACAACCAGAACGUUUCUUGGGAGCAAGAAUGGUGAGAUUUUGACUGACUUACUUUGGAUACAUCGUCAGGAAAAACCAACAGCUAGAAAAGGACAUCAUCUUUUGUAAAGUAGGGGCCAACAAAAAUGAGGGGCAUCCUCAGUGAGGUAGAUUGACACAAUAGCUUCAACAGCGGGCUCAAACAUACCAACAAUCACGAAGAUGGUACAGGACUGGGCAAUGUUUCAUUUUAUUACACAAAAGGUUAUUGCGAGUUGGAGCCAAUUCAUAACAGCAACAACAAAAAAGAGAAUAGAGUCUGGAAAAAACUGGUAAACUCAAUGUUUAAGGAUUAGACAGAAGAAAAGAAAAAAAAUGAACAAGAGAAGAGGGAAAGAUUAAAAUAUUGUUAAGAAAAAAGGGUAUUUGGUGUGGAAGCCAGAGGUCAGUAUUGCUGAAGAGGUGAGAGAGUUCUCCUGUGAUAAAAAUGAAGGAGUUGAGAGAUGUGUGGAGGAAGAGUCAUAUGAACAGAAAAAUCAACAUGAAUAUUAAUGAAGAAUCAAAAAAAGAAGCUCCUCAUUUUCUCAGUAAGCUGGCAGCAGGGUUGUAUUUAGUGAGAUUUGUGGGUGUGGAAAGGACCUGGAAGGUAUAUUCUAGAGCACUGCUCUCCAAAAGAACUUUCUGCUAUGAUGGAAUUAUAAUGUAUCUACAUUGUCUAAUAUGGUAGCCAUCAGUCACUUACAGUAAUUGAGCACUUAAGAAGUGUAUUCUGUGAGUGAGAAACCAAUUUUUUAAUUUUAUUUAAUUUUAAUAAAUACACAUUUAAACUUAAAUAGCCACAUGUGGCUCAUGGGAACUGUAUCAGACAACAUAGUUCUAGAGAAAGUGUAGAGGUUGUAUGAUUAAUCGAGAAUGGCAGGCACUCAAAUCUGAGAUUUCAGAACAGAAAUGACUGGGACUUUGGUUUGAUUGGCAUGUAGGAUGGUGCCAGUGUAUGUUUGACAGAAAUAUAGUAAACAUAUUUUUACUUCUUUUAUCAAGGUAAUCCUGACAUCACUAAGAACACAGAAAAUACUACCUCUUCUCCAUUUCUUUCUGAAUGCUGUCUUGUAGUAUGAAUCCUAUUGAGUAUUCUAUUUAUUCAAUGAGACUCCAAGUUCCUUGAGUGCAGGAGACAUGGACUAUGUUUCUCCAUGUCUAUGAGGACUCCUAACUUAUUUUAAAUAGGGUUUAGGAAUGCAAAAAAAGAGCUAAUCCACCCAGGUGGGAUAGCAGAGCUUGAAUUCUGUAAUUUUAUUUUUUAGAAGGUGUACAUAGAAGGUUAAGGAACCCUGUGAAAAUCAACAAGGAGAAUUUCCAGAAGCCAUGUCAGUCUCCAAUAUCACAGCAACCCAUCCGGCUGCCUUCUUGUUGGUAGGGAUUCCAGGUUUGGAGCACCUGCACAUCUGGAUCUCCAUUCCCUUCUGCUUUGCCUAUACACUGGCUCUGCUGGGCGACUGCACCCUGCUCUUCAUCAUCUGCUCUGAUGCAGCCCUUCAUGAGCCCAUGUACCUCUUCCUGGCCAUGUUGGCAGCCAUUGACCUGGUCCUGUCCUCUACAAAACUGCCCAAAAUGCUUGCCAUAUUCUGGUUCAGGGAUAGGAAGAUCAACUUCUAUGCCUGCCUGGUUCAGAUGUUCUGUCUUCACUCCUUCUCCAUCAUGGAGUCAGCAGUGCUGCUGGCCAUGGCCUUUGAUUGCUAUGUGGCCAUCUGCAAGCCCCUGCACUAUACCAUGGUGCUGACCAGGGACCUGAUCACCAGGAUUGGCAUGGCUGCUGUAGCCAGAGCUGUGACACUAAUGACUCCACUUCCCUUUCUGCUCAGACACUUCCACUAUUGCCGAGGCCCAGUGAUUGCCCACUGCUACUGUGAACACAUGGCUGUGGUAAGGCUGGCCUGUGGAGACACACGCUUCAACAAUAUCUAUGGCAUUGCUGUGGCCAUGUUUAUUGUGGUAUUGGAUCUGCUGUUUGUUAUCCUAUCUUACAUCUUUAUCCUUCAGGCAGUUUUACAGCUUGCUUCUAAGGAAGCUCGCUAUAAGGCGUUUGGGACAUGUGUCUCUCACAUAGGUGCCAUCCUGUCCACCUAUACACCUGUGGUCAUCUCCUUAAUCAUGCACCGUGUGGCCCGCACAGCUGUUCCCCAUGUCCACAUACUGCUUGCUAUCUUCUAUUUGCUUUUCCCACGCAUGGUCAACCCCAUCAUCUAUGGUGUUAAGACCAAGCAGAUUCGUGAUCAGUUGCUCAGUCUAUUCCAGAGAAAGGAUGUGUAGAUGAAUAGCUGUUUUCUCACACACAUGUCCAGUACUAUGUGGAUGCUGGUUUGAUGUAGAUGAGAAAAUCUAAAGUAGGAAAAUUGCAUAGUUUUCAUGUUGGCAAUUCUCAAAUAUGAUAAGGAAAGAGGUCCCAUUUCUCACAGAGCCACCAGUUAGGUCAGGCCUGGUUUGUCCCUUUCCUCUGGUCUGAUAGCAAAGGUUUGACCUCCCAAUUCUCAUCGACUUCUUGAGUGAUUAAGGAAGGCAUAAAGAAUCAUCCAAAGUGAUAUACUCUGAGCAGGCAUCGUCAUCUAGGUGAAAAGACAGUGGAAAUACCGGCUAAGAUUGGCCCAAUUGCAUAGAUAUUGGUGAGCUCUUCAUCUAGGCUGUGAGUGAGGAAUUCAACCCCAAAUUCUAUAAUCCAAAGGCCAACACUGAAAUUACCUGUAUAUAUUUUCUGAAAAGUGGCCUUCAGUCUCUGCCUGA